AUGUCGAGCCCGGGUGCCGAACCUCAAGAAGACGACAUCAGUAUAUCCGUUAAACCUGGCGUUGUCGUGAAUUUUCAACGGCUAGAUGGUUUCUUUCACUGCUCUUGCGACUUCAAGACGUCGCACGAAUCCGCCUUCCGACGGCAUUAUCGUGAACACCAUUUGGACGAACCGUCUGGCGGGUUACUCGGGAGCGUAUCUCGAACCUUUAGCUAUGUCGCAUCCGCGUUUUCGACUCCAUCGUUUCGGAGGAGACAUAGUCCUGCGCUAGAAUAUGAGACAUCCAGUAAACGCAGGCGUAUCGACUCGAUACCAACUCCACGAUUAUCGAUGCACGAGUCCUCUCGAGCCUCACCUAUCCGAUCCCUGUUCUCGACGCAGAUACUCGCAACGCCAACAACCUUAAUCCGCCCCGCUUUUUCACCGAAACACACUGACUUCGACGAUGAUAACGAAGACUCGAUGUCGACAUCCUCGUUUCGUAUUCCUCCGCCAGGUCGUCUUUAUCAACCGUCGCAGGCAUUAUCGUCAGGUCCACCGUCGAAGCGAGGCAGCAUCUCGUCUAUCGCGUCAAUAGACUCUCAAUCCAACGAAGAAACUGACUAUGUGCAGCCCGUUUUGUCUGAACAACGUCUAGAUCUUCAAACAGCCCAUUCCUAUAUCCGCUCAGUCGGCCUUUUCGUUCACAAACCAACCAACAUCACUGUUUGCGUACAAUGCGCGAGCGGCGUAUCCGCGGAAAAUGCGAUCGCCCAUAUUUCCAAGGCCUCAUCGGGAUGCAGGAGCUCUAUAUGGCGUUCACUCGACGUGGACUAUAUCGAACGAUGUUUAAGAUUAUGCGAUGCGUUUGAGCCUAUCCAAUUCCCUUCGCGCGAGUCUUCUACAGACGCAAUUCCCGUAAUACCCGUUAUACAAGGCUGGCUAUGUACCGUCGACCCAUCCUCGCAAUGCUUCAACGAGUGUUUUGCAUCGGAGAGAGCGCGUGAUCGACACUUUUUCGAGAAUCAUGGAGAUAUCGUCGACCGUACCAAGCAUUACGCUCCUGUGAAAAUACAGAGGAUCUACAAGUAUCGUGGCAUUCAGCGAUGUAUCCGCGUCAACACCCUCCCCCUUAGCAUUGAGCCUCCCCGUUACGACGCGUUUCUAGCAUCUAUUCCAGGGCAUGAACCCUUGCCAAUGUCAGACACGGUGUCCCUGAUAACGAAGCCGACCGUAUUCGAGUCUAUUUUACAUUGGGAUACAGCAUUAAUUGGCGUCGACAUCAAAUACCUCAAGUCAUACCCUCACCCGCCGUACGCAGACGCCCAAGACUACGAUAACAUGCCAGACAUGAUUGUCCGAUACAUCGUCACUAUCGCAGAGGGUGUAAAACACGGGGGCCAUCGUGAAUUAUUACAGCAAGUUCAUUCUCCAGAGGUGACGAAGCUCCAUCAUUCCCCACUUCCAUACCCUAAGCAAAAGUCCACGUUGGACAGUUACGCCCGUAUAUUUUCUUGUUAUUUGACGAUGCUGGUUCGUAGCGUCAAACAGCCCAUCCCAGGAUACCCCAUUCACAUGACCGCCGAGCAAACAAGACUCAGCUCCAGAGUGUAUACGUCCUCCAACGAUGACACCAUAUCCGAAGAAGACCUGCAUUCCCACAUACACGAACUGGCUUGGGCCCUAUUAUCGAGCCAUCCAAUAGAACACGCGAAGAGCGAGCUCAAUACCCCCAUACUUCGCUUCCUCAUCGCGCAUCACCUCGUGCCAGACGGCGAUGGCAACUUCAAGAAAGCACAAGCGCUCUCCCAUACGCUGAGCGCGAUCCAAUGGUGUUGGCAGGCCAUAGGGUACACAGAGUGUCUCCGUCAUGCCGCAGAAUAUACUGACGACGCUUUUGGAGCAUAUCGAGACCGAGUCAAGCCGUACCUUCAAGAGUUGGAACGUACGCCAUUCACGACCCUCCGGACGAUUAUCCACGUCAACACUUCAAUCGCCAAGUCAGAAUAUUCUCUUCCUAGGUUCGUAAUGGCGAUGGACAAGACAUACUUCAGCGUAGAUGGGCACCCUAUCCCGUUCGCCAAGUUCAAAGAAUACGCCGUCGGCCUGAUAUCGAACGCGGAAUCUAAACUCGACGCGAUACUCCGUGGUUGGCAGUUUGACGAUAUUGACAAGAAAAUCAAGACCGCUUUACAGAUAGGCGACCCUCAAAACACAUACUUAGACAGAUUACACGACGUGGGUGUGGGGUAUUCGUUCUUUUCUGACCCUCGCAAUCACCUCAAAAACGAACGCAACCUUCUGCUCAAGCAUUUCCUUCGAGAAGGUUGCGACGAGUUCGCCACAAGUAUACCUGGCGCCGCGCCAUCGGAGAUAUUCAAACCAGUCAACUGUCGUCUUUGGCUAGACGAAGUUGACUCUCUAGUCAGCACGUUAUACGCGGCGACCGUCACCACCUGGCCAGGCGCUGGUAGAGGCUCCGAACUCGACCAUCUGACGUAUCGCAACGAUCACGGAAAACGGCAUAUGUUCUUCAUCAACAACAUCCUUACUUUCGUGACGUCGUACAUCAAGACUCAGCAGAUAACUGGACGCGCUCCAUUGAUUCCCCGUGGCGUCGACCCGCGUCUCGCUAGAGUGUUGAUCAUCACUAUAAACUUCGUGUAUUACGCAGCGUCAGUGAUAUCGGCCCAAUUUAAGCAGCACAAACAGGCUAUUGCAUAUACUCGAUACGUGUUCGUAUAUCACGGAGUUCCGAUGAACGCAGAACGUAUGACCCGUGUUCUUCGAGAGCAUACUAUGCCCGCUUUUCACGUAGAGUUCGGUAUACGGGAUUGGCGACACGUUAUGAAGUUUGUACUGCGGCACAAGGCUAACAUCGCGCUCGAGGCCACGGACGAAGAAGAGCAGAAUAAGGACCCCUUGAACUCGCUGUUCGGGCAUAGUGGUCGUAUCGGGGACAGUGUAUACGCUAUUGAGAGUUCUGCAUUGGACUCGAUAUCUACCGUAGACGUGACUCGCGCACAGAGAUACGGUAUUGGCUACCAAAAGUAUCUCGGACUCUGGCCCGAUCUGUCGAGUAUAGACCUUGUAGAUGACGAAGAGAGUAGAGAACUUGCUACAUGUACCCGCGAUACGUCUACCAACUCUAGCAAUCCCCGAGACGCUGCCGAUCUACUGGAACGAGCUCUUGAGCGUCUUUUACCGAUAAUAGGCGACCACCUUUCAUCUAUGGUUGCGGGAGCUCUAUAUAACGGUCUACCCCACCCUGCGCCCCCGUAUCUUCCGUCUUCGUCCGCUGUAAACGUCCAACUGUCUCGUCUCGACGUCGUGAAGAAGCUAUACGGCUCUGAGAGCUUCCGAUCCCCUCAGCAAGCAACCAUGUUCGAGUAUAUAUUGCAAAACACGUAUACGGUCGUCGGUAUACUCCCGACCGGGGGUGGGAAGUCUCUCAUGUUUUACGGUCCACCGCUGGCAGAAAAGGACGGCAUUACCAUUGUUAUCUCACCGUUUGUCGCCUUGGCAGACGAACAGUUUGAGACGGCCCAGCAACUGGGUAUACCCGUCAGUCGUUGGCCCUCUUCCGCUACAGAUCUGUCGUCCACUCGUCUUCUCGUUGUAUCUGCUCAUGCAGCAGGCACAGCCGAUUUCGUCCGAUUUGUCCGCGCAUCCGCUGAGAUGGGCCUUAUACGGCGCAUCAUCUUUGACGAAGCCCACCAAAUAAUACUCUCCGCCCAAUACAGGCGUUGCUACGACACCCUCCCACUCUUGACUCGUACUGGGGUCCAAGUGCAUUUCCUUAGCGCCACGCUACUUCAAUGCAGCAUCGACGAGAUCAUUCGAAUCUCUUGCAUUCCUGUGGACACCGUACAUGUAAUCCGAGCCCCCACGUUUAGACCCAAUAUCUGCUACGAUGCUCAACACUUCUCAAACAAUUCCGCCCUCAGCGCGUAUGACCAGAUGAUGAAUCAGGUCGAAGAAAUAUGCUCAGAACACGUGGAUCAAUUGGAUGAAGACGGACGAGUGCUCAUAUAUUGCAGCUCAUACAGGGAAUGCGACGACGUGUUCGAACGAACUCGUUACCCCAUUCAUCGUGCCAAAGGGUCUACUGGCGAUGACGACGAAGACGACGCCAAGAAGAGGCAAGCGGUUGCACAUGACUGGAGGGCUGGGCGCCCCAAAGUCUUGAUUGCCACCACUGGAUUUGGCAACGGUAUUGACUACGCGCACGUCAGAGUCGUCAUCUCCGUCAACGCUCGUAACGGCAGUGAUGCGGUACAGCAGACGGGUCGCGCUGGUCGCGAUGGAAAGCAAGCAUACGCUUACAUCCUUGGGUCUCUACCGCUGCUGGCGUCCGCCGUUCCUGAUCCAGACUUUGCGGGCGUUGCCAUCAUGAACAUGUUGUAUGCGAAAAGGGACUGUAUACGUAUAUGCAUGGGCGAAUUCGAUACCGAAUCAUAUAGCUGUGUAUCUCACGGUAGCAGUCGAGCGGUUUUAUGCACGCGCUGUAAGAGUUCGGAGUUUACCAAGUCCAUGUCUCUAAUACCAACUCAACCAGGGCCUCGCAAUUAUCGCGUCCGCUCAACCAAUACACCCGUCGUCUCAUCUCAGAUCACGCGCCCAUCUCCCCAUAUCAAUACCUCUCUUGUGCCGCCAGACAGCAAACGGCGAUAUAUUCCUGGAUCCGUCGACAGACCUCCGCAACCAACCGCAAACUUGAUACACACAAUCGACGACAUAUCAGACGAUAUGAUAGCCGUUCAUCCGUUCGACACUCCCGCCUCGCCAGACGAUCGUUUACUGACACAUAAGGCAUAUCCAACACCUGCCAGUCCCUUGCAUACCGUCCAACGAUCCCGAGCAUCUAAACAAUCAAUGUCGAGACCAUCAGCUAUCAAUUCAUCCGAGCUAUCUCUACCCACAAUUUCGGCACAUCGGCAGAAAGGAAAAGGUCGUACCAAUGCCACACAUGAAACUAGCAUGCCCCCCCCUCUUUUGCCCCAAGAGCGGGGUAUAGCCAGAGGUCAACCAUCCGUUACGCCAGACGAUGAUGUAUUCAGCUCGCACUAUCCGAAUGUCCACGGCAACACGGGCCAGCCAUCGGGCCAAUCCGAUCGAUCAACAUCGAGACCGUCUACUACGCGUUACCAGCUCACCCUACCAUCCGUCCCGACGUAUAAAGGGCCCACGUUACCCCAUAUUGUCGACGCUGCGUCCCCGCCAGUGGACAUAGGCAACACACGACCCUCUGAUACGUUACAUACGAAGAAGCAAGCUCAUCGACACAACACGGUCGUCUCUACGUUUACAACUUCGGCAUACGCCUCUCCGCGUGGUCUUAGUGAACCAGCACCCGCACGAUCCAUCUCCGAUCUAAGAAAAGAGGCAGUCGACGAGCGGCAAGAACUGUCGGAUGUUCGUCGGGGGCAUUUCGCGAUUAUAGACCAGUUCUUCUCUAUUCGCCCGGCCACAUGCGUUAUAUGCUGUUUACUCGGCAAUGCGCAUACUGGCUGCCAGGAAAACCUCUACAUGACAUGCGAGUCGGGUUUAUUCAACCCUUGGCGAUCAUCGGUUAACUUGUCGGGCACUGUGACGGCGGCGAGCGAAUUUAAUAAAUUUCGUACCACAUUGCGUUUCCAAGAGGAUCAACACGUUUGUUAUCAUUGUAUGCGACAAACCGAUAUAGACGCACACCCGCAUGUAACUACAGUCAAAACGUGUGACGAGUUUGCGGACGUGAUCAAGAACUUUGCAUGGGCGGUAUAUUGUUUACCGGCCGCUUGUUCCGAAGGUCGAGAAGAAGGCCGCAGGUGGAGGAAGGCUCUACUCGAUACGUUCGACCCCCCACCUCCGACAACCCGCCCAGACUUUGAACAAUGGUUAUCGACAACUCCCGACCCUCAAGGACUUAAUAUCACUAACAUAUUGAUGUUGUGUAUCCAUUGGACUGUGAUGUAUAAAAGCCACAGAUGGCCGCCGCCGUAG